AUGGCUAAGCCUGGCGGCAGUCGGCCUACAUAUGAUACUAAUCUGGAAAACCCGCCCCAUGCAGACGAUCUUCAACGCGACGACACACAACGCAGCGCAGAUGCAAAUAUCGUGCCAUUCGUUGGUAGAUUGGGAGGCAAUGGAGUUGACAUUGUGUCACGCAAUGCCUCCAACGAGACACUGCUAAAAGACGUGCCGGACGCGGCGCCCUUAAUGAGUCUGCAGGAUCAAUUCAGCCUUCGACCAUUUUGGACAAUUGGGCUGUGGAAGUCUGCCUUGAUGGAGGGCGUCGGAACACUCAUGAUUGUCUGGGUCACAAUUUACGCUAACAGCUCUCCCGCAGUCAUUCCGGAGCAGCCAACAGCUCGCUGGGGCCCCUUUGACAACGCCGCCUUCAUAGGACCGCUAGUUGGUGGUAUCCUUAACUUCUUCUACCUGAGCUUGUCCAUCUUCUGCUUUGGUGGUGUCAGCGGGGCGCACUUGAAUCCCACCAUUACAAUCGCCACGUUUAUCGCGCGUCUUUGCUCGCUCCCACGAGCGGUUUUAUAUGUGUUGUUUCAAACGGCUGGAGGAGCUUUAGGCGGUCUCUUGGCUCGGUCAGCUCUUGGGACACGCGAUUUUAAAACUGGGGGAUGCUGGCUAUAUCCAGAUCUUGUACCGAUUCAGGAUGCUUUCACCGUCGAGUUUAUGACUUGUCUCCUCCUGCUCUUCUUCGCCUUUGGCACGGGACUUGACCCGAGACAAAAGGAAAUAGUCGGGCCGACACUAGGUCCUUUCUUGGUCGGUAUGUCAGCUGCUAGUCUCACAUUCGGCACAGGAUUUGUACGAUAUGGAUACGGCGGUGCCAGCUUGAACCCGGCUAGAUGCCUGGGAUCAUUCGUUGGAGGUCGCUUUUCAAGCUACCACUGGAUGCACUGGGUUGCCGAUAUUGCUGCUUGUACUAUUCAUGGUGUCUUGUAUCAUAUAGUUCCGCCUUGGAAGGGCCCGCCUACGUGAUUGCUUCAAGAAUGGACGGUUGCUCUGUACCAAAGUUUGUAAAGUUUCAGGGGAGACGAUAAUUAGGUGCGAAAGCAACUGUCUUAUAACAAAAAUAGAUCGUUACUUAACUGAAUAUGGGUUAAUUGGCACUGAAACGAGCACAGCAAACCUUAAUAGUACCCAAAGUCCGUUUCAUGAGACAACUGCAGUAUUAUAAACGCGCAGUCAAAUAAAUUACAGAGCGCUGAAGCUGCGCGAGACGACAGACAGGAGUACAGGAGUACGGGUUGAGCUCAAUACAGAAUUCAACUAUGCUCGCUUUCAUGCUAUCGUACCGAAUCAUAAUCGCACAGUCCCAGAAGGUAGUAGUCUUGUAG